AUGUUCGCCAUCAUGCCAUCAUAUCCAGUCUUCAACGACUUUUCAUACCAGCCGACGCGGCCGUCGCCGCUGUCGUCAUCCUCCCCGAUCCGCGCAUCGUCGCCACCGCCCGCACACCGGAGCCCCUGCGACCACAACCGGAGGCGCCAGGUUCAGUCGUCGCCUGUCCAGCCGCCGUCGUCGAAAUUCAGGUUCUCGGCGCGUCCGGCGCGUCCGAACCCCGUCGUCAGGAACCGCGAGGCUGCGCAGCAGAGCAGGAGGAGAUUGUUUCUCAAUGGCGUGCAGCAGAGGGCCGAUGAUCAUCGGUGGGAGAGGCGGGGUGUCGAGCACAAGGUGCUGAGCACAGAGUGGUUCAACGAGACGCAGGCAAGGCAGCAGGCAAAGCUGAUGGACCCGGAUAGUCUAUUGACCGAGGAGGACAUUGAAGAUGCCGAACGACUAGAAGAGGAGCGUCGGAGCAGCUACGCAGAAAUCCCCGACGACCUGAUGAUGGAUUCCAUGAUGGAGGACGAGCACGAGUUUGAGGCGUUAGUAUCAAACGUGCAACAACACCAAGUUCCAUCCAGUGGGACGACACGCCCGGACUCACCCCAUCUUUCGGACGACGAGGAUUAUGAUUCCUUAUUUAUGGACUUUCUGUCUACCCAAAAUCAAGAAAUAGCGCCAGCCUCGUCUGGUGACGUCGAAAUGUCAUAA